AUGACUCACUGAUAGCUGUUCUGAUUCUACGGUGCCUCAUUACUCUGAGUCUAUUGGGAACUACAAGGCUGAAUUCCUUCAACAUGUUUUGUUCAGAGGUGUACGCAGAAGCAAGACCUGAGGUUUUCCCUGGGACCAGAACACACAGUUCAGAUCGAACCAUGGACCUCGGUCUAGCUGAGGAUCACUUCUCAAGGCCUGUGGGUUCUUUUGUGGCAUCAGACAUUGAACAGCUUAAACUGGCAAUAGAAGAAUGUAAGAAGCUGAUCUUGGAGCUGCCAGAGCAUUCAGAGAGACAAAAAGACAAUGUAGUGAAACUUAUCCACCUGCGCCUCAAACUGCAAGAACUUAAGGAUCCAGAGGAAGAUGAGCCUAAUCUGAGAGUCCUACUGGAACACCGCUUCUCCAAGGAAAAGAGCAAGAGUGUGAAACAGACCUGUGAUAAGUGUAGCACUAUUAUCUGGGGCCUUAUCCAGACUUGGUAUACCUGCACAGGAUGCUAUUAUCGUUGCCAUAGUAAGUGUAUGAAUCUGAUCACUAAACCCUGUGUCAGGUCAAAGGUCAGCCACCAGUCUGAGUACGAGCUCAGUAUUUGUCCUGAAAUAGGACUAGACCGGCAAGAUUACCGCUGUGCAGAAUGUCGUGCACAAAUUUCACUGAGGGGCGUACCUAGUGAAGCCAGACAGUGUGACUACACUGGCCAGUAUUACUGCAGCACAUGUCAUUGGAAUGACACGGCCGUCAUUCCAGCUCGUGUCAUCCACAACUGGGAGUUUGAAUCAAGGAAGGUCUGUCGCUCCUCAAUGCGCUACCUGGCCCUGAUGAUGUCACGCCCCGUGCUAAGGCUGAAAGAAAUAAACCCGCUGCUAUUCAACUUUGUGGAGGAACUGGUUGAAAUCAGGAAACUUCGUCAAGAUAUUCUGUUAAUGAAACCCUAUUUUAUCACCUGCAAGGAGGCAAUGGAAGCUCGGCUGCUACUACAGCUACAAGAUCGCCAACACUUUGUCGAGAACGACGACAUGUACUCACUACAGGAUUUGAUUGACAUUUCCACUGGCAGACUGAGCUGUUCCCUCACAGAGAUCCACACCACAUUUGCUAAGCACAUCAAACUAGACUGCGAGCGCUGUCAGGCCAAAGGAUUUGUGUGUGAGCUUUGCAAGGAGGGAGACAUCCUGUUCCCCUUUGACAGUCACACCUCAGUGUGCCAUGACUGCUCUGCUGUCUUUCACAGAGAUUGUUACUUUGACAAUUCCACAACUUGUCCACGAUGUGCACGAAUGACUGAGCGUAAGCAGGAUGAAGAGGAGCUGGAUGUGAAAGAAAGCUAACUCUGGAAAGGACCCUGGGAUUUAAGUGGAUGCUGCACUUUGCUUCGUUAUGGAAAAAAAAAACCCCACAAUCUUUCUUUAUUUUGUUUUAUGAUUAUGCUCUGACUUUUGUUUUUCCUGUGCACUGCAUUAUGAGGCAGGGUAUUUAAAAUUCAUCUGGAAAUUAAUAUAUUUUUAUCAAACCUUUGCAUUCCUACAGAACUUAGAUGUACAAACCACUGCGUGUAUGUUUAAUGUUGGUGUGUGUUUCUAAAUUUACAAGUAAAUGCUCUGUAGAGAAAAAAUCCACCUGAUCAGUAGGUGGUUAUGCAUGCAGAAAUUGUAUAUUUACUGUUACAAGCCUCAACUACUUUAAUCCAAACUGCCAAUAAUGCUGAACUUUAAAGUUGCCAUAUAUCAGAAUUUUAAAGUUUAGAAGCCCAGCGUCCAAUAAGAAAAUCGCCAAAAAUAUGCCUUUUAGCAUCCAGUUCCUGUGCUGCCAUGUCCAAGUUUCAGUUUAUUAGGUUCAGAUGGGUGAUGUUGCACAAAAAAAGCUAUAUGUUGACAUAGUUUAAAAUGGGAUUAAAUCUGUUAGACUGUGUGACCAGUUGGUCACUGCCACUUACCCAUCUCCCCUUUUUGGACAUAUUUUCUAUGAGUUCAAUUGCUGUUUAUUUAGAACCAAUAUAUUGAUCUGUUGAUAUUUCAUAAAGUCUUCAAUUAUGUAGAUUUUCAGGCCUUAACUGUUUAUUUUCAGCUCCUUUCCUAUUUGCACCG